UACACCCAAACAAUGCACCUUCACGUCUUAAAUAUUCUUCUUCUUCUUCUCCUCCACAAAUAAAAGUAGAAGCAGAAGCAGAAGAUCAAUCUGGAUCCAUCCAUCAUCAUAUGAAUGAGUGGGCUUUAAUUAGAGCUGCUGCGGAUAAAUGCCGCCGCCUCAAACAUCAGCAGCAGACGUAGCAUCAGUAGGAGGUGGUCGGAGCCGCGCCCGGCGGAUUGCGCACCGCACCAGGGACACCUGCGUCUCCGUCUUGUGCAGCAGGCUCUGCUCCAUCCUGUUGGCCGUCAUCCUCGUCGCCGGCGUGGCCCUCUUCGUGGCCUCGCUCAGCCUCCGCCCGCACCGCCCGCGCUUCGCCCUCGCCUCCUUCUCCCUCUCCGGCUCGGUCCCGGGUGGCAAGGCGGAAUUCAACGUGUCGGAAUGCAACCCCAACCGCCACAUCGGCAUCUACUACGACGGCGACACGCGGGUGUCGCUCCGCUUCUACGACGCGCUGGUGGCCUCCGGCCCGGCCUUCCCCGCCGGCUGGUACCAACCCAACAUGACCACCGUCUCCGUCGCCGGCGUGCUCGACGUCGUGGGGCCAACGCACGGCGACCCCGCCGCGUGGCACUCCUUCUCCGCCGCGCUGCAGGCCGGGCGGCUACCGCUGCGGCUGGAGCUCACCUUCACGGGCGUCCGCUUCAGAGUCACCACAGCCUUCCAGUUGCAGUUGCAGUUGAGAGGUGGCAGGCAGAGGAUGCAUGUCAAGUGUUAUGUGGUCGUCGGCGGCGACGGCAGGCUGCUCCGCGGCUCCGUGGGAGCGCCAUGCGACAGAUACUUGUGAAUGAAUUCUCAUCACCCAUUACUUGCUUGCUUGUAAUCCAAUUAAUUGCUUAAUUAUUACUGUAGUACAUACAAUACUGUAUAAAAGAGGUAUCUCCUAGUAACUCUCAUCUAGGAGUAGAUUUUUUAGAAAAGGAGGAUGACCCCCGGCCUCUGCAUCUGAGAGAUGCAUGCGGCCAUUUUAUUGAUUAUU